CAAACGGGGCACUAGGGAAAAGUAUUUAACGCUAUCCUUUUACCCCCGCAGACCGCCUUGCGUGCGAAAAGCCUUUUCCUCCUCUUCCCCAAUAAAACCCUCGCCCUCCUUCAUCUCAAUCCCUCUUCAAAACCCUCUAAAAUCCUCUAAAUUUGGGAACUUUUCUCAAAAUUUUCUCGACAUUGAAACCUGUGAUUUUCUUUCUAUUUUUGGCAAAAAAAAGUUAAUAAUAAAAUAAAAAAUGGGAGACGCAGCUUGGGGAUCUUGGGACGAUCACGGUAGGCCGUCUAGAUACGGGAGACCUCCGCAGUGUCCUGGAUCUUCACAAUCUGCAAUUCCUCCAUGGGAGAGGAGAUUCUGCACUUCUGUCUGCUUAGUUCCUUGGGGAAGAAUCUGUGCAGCUAAAGUUUCGCUCUCCGCAUAUAAAAACAUAGCAGAGUGGGACGACAUUGCUGCAUUUGAAGCUUUUCAGAACUCAAAAGCCCGGUACUGGGCACAUAUUAAUGGCCUCCCAUUUCACAUCCCUUUGCCAGACCCAGAUAUGUAUAUUGAUAAAGUUGAUCACAAGACUGUCAUUGAUCCGAAAUUAGUUGAAGAUUUAGAAAAACAGCCAAUGCCUUCUCUACCUGAUAAGAAAAAUGAAAGAAACAAUGGCUGGGAUUCUUUGAUUGUUGAAGAUAAACCAAUUCCAGCUACAGGAUGGGGUGAUGCCGAGGAGAAUACAGCUGAGCGUCAUUCGGGUAAUUGGGAUAAGUUUAUUGAACAACCGCAUCCACCCCUUGGAUGGAAUAAUGUAGAGAAUUGCAAUAAUUCAUGGAAUGAUAGACAGAAUAAUUCAUGGAAUGAUAGACUGAAUAAUUCAUGGGGGCAGCACUGGAAUAAUUUGAACAGUGGGCAGGGUGGAAAAAACAGUAGGAAAAGAAACGGUGGUGAUUAUGACUCGAGAUUUUCGAAAUCGAGGCAGAUGGAUAAUAACUACAAGGGAAAUAGAAAUAAUUGGAGUGAUUAUACUGAGCGGAAUAUAGGAAAUUAUCAGUAUGAGAAUACAAUGCGUGGCGGGCAACCUGUAUCAAUGCGACAGUCGAGAUCAAGGUGGAAUUAUGGGCAGAGUAAUCAUCAAAGAUCAGGUGAAUCAGGCAGUUCAUGCCAAUGGAAAAAAUCUGUAUCUUAAUCUGUUAUCUGGAUAGCUUUUGUUGUCGUUUAGAAAUAGCACAAAUUGGAUAUGGAGAUAUAAAUCUGUAUCUUAAUCUGUUAUCUGGAUAGCUUUUGUUGUCGUUUAGAAAUAGCACAAAUUGGAUAUGGAGAUAUAUUUUUUUGUUAGGUUAAGGAGUGCAAAAAGAAUAUUCACAGGGUUUUUUUGGUACUGUAAACAUGUUUAUUUGUGAAAUUGAUGCUCAAGUGUUCAAGGAGCAGCCUUAUUUUUGUUGCUGUCUCUGUA